CGCCGCCCGCGCCCCGCGCCCUGCCCAGCCCGGGUCGCCGGCGCUCGCGCCCGCGGCUUAGCACUCGGUCGCCGCUCGCUUCUCGGGGCAUCGCGGAAAUAUCGCCGCAGACGGACACAAUGGCGGCGGUUGCCGCCACCGCGGCCGCCUGCAGCAGCAGCAGCAACAGCAGCGGCGGCGCCGGCACCGACGCCGCGAGCACCAGCGGAUUGCAGCCGCCGCCGCCCCAGCCCGCGGCCGCCGCGCCGGCCCAGCCGCCGCCCGAGCCCCCCAGGAAGCCGCGCAUGGACCCGCGGCGCCGCCAGGCUGCCCUCUCCUUCCUCACCAACAUCUCGCUGGACGGCCGGCCGCCGCCGCAGGACGCGGAGUGGGGCGGCGGCGGCGAGGAGAGCGGCGCGGCCAAGGCGGGCGCCGGCAGCGCCUGCGGCGCGAGGACUCGGCUCAGCCUGGUGGCCGCCGAGCGUGGCGGCUGCAGCGCGCUCUCUGCGGCCGGCGCGGCGGCGGCAGCGUUAGCAGCUGGGUCGGGCCACUGCCUCCCGCAGCCCUCGUCGCUGCCGCCCCUGGCCCCCGGCGGCUACGCCAUGCUGCCCGGCCCCGCGGCUGCCCGGGGCUUCUCGAGCUCCCUGGGCGCGGGCCGGGCAUCGGGGGAGCAGUGGCCGCUGCCCCGGCCGGCGCCCAUCGCCGCCUGCGCUCAGCCGCAGCAGCCCGACGGGCCCGGGGGCGCCGGGCAGGAGGAGUUAGAGGAGGACGAUGCCUUUUCCAGCGUGCAGGUGCCAGCCGUUGCCUUCUUGGGCUCCGGGACCCCUGGGAGUGGGGGCGGCAGCCGGAGCCGCCUCAACUCGUUCACUCAGGGAAUCCUGCCCAUCGCUUUCUCCAGGCAGACCUCGCAAAACUACUGCUCCUUGGAGCAGCCGGGCCAGGGGGGCAGCACCAGCGCCUUCGAGCAGCUGCAGAGGUCCCGACGUCGCCUCAUCUCCCAGAGAUCGUCCUUGGAGACCCUGGAAGACAUUGAGGAGAACGCCCCUCUACGGAGAUGUCGAACUCUCUCAGGUUCGCCCAGACCAAAGAACUUUAAGAAGAUUCAUUUUAUCAAGAACAUGCGGCAACACGAUACCAGGAAUGGCAGAAUAGUCCUUGUCAGUGGCAGAAGAUCCUUCUGUAGUAUAUUUUCCGUGCUGCCGUAUCGUGACAGUGCCCAGGCUGGGGAUUUGAAGUUGGAUGGAGGGAGGCAAUCAGCAGGUGCCGUGAGCUUGAAAGAGAUCAUUGGCCUUGAAGGUGUGGAGCUGGGAGCUGACGGGAAGACUGUUUCUUACACCCAAUUUCUGUUACCCACCAAUGCUUUUGGAGCCCGGAGAAACACCAUAGACUCCACUUCCUCCUUCUCCCAGUUCCGUAACCUGAGCCACCGCAGCCUCUCCAUCGGCCGGGCAAGCAGCACCCAGGGGAGCCUCGACACAGGCAGUGACCUGGGAGACUUCAUGGACUAUGACCCAAAUCUCCUGGAUGACCCGCAGUGGCCUUGUGGCAAGCACAAACGAGUUCUGAUCUUUCCUUCAUACAUGACCACAGUAAUCGACUACGUGAAACCCUCAGAUCUCAAGAAGGACAUGAAUGAGACCUUCAAGGAGAAGUUUCCUCACAUUAAGUUAACACUCAGCAAAAUAAGGAGUCUGAAGCGAGAGAUGAGGAAGCUGGCUCAGGAGGACUGCGGCUUCGAGGAGCCCACGGUGGCCAUGGCCUUUGUCUACUUUGAGAAGCUCGCCCUCAAGGGGAAGCUGAACAAACAGAACCGGAAGCUUUGUGCCGGAGCCUGUGUGCUGUUAGCAGCCAAAAUUGGAAGCGACCUCAAAAAGCACGAAGUCAAGCAUUUGAUUGAUAAACUGGAAGAGAAGUUCCGGCUGAACAGACGAGAACUGAUUGCCUUUGAAUUCCCGGUGUUAGUGGCCUUGGAAUUUGCUCUUCAUCUGCCAGAGCACGAAGUCAUGCCCCAUUACCGCCGCCUGGUCCAGAGCUCCUAGCACCGGCCCGAGGAGGGCCAGGGACCACUUCCUCUGAGCGCGGCAGCGUGCCACUCACUACUGGGAAUGCAGAGAUAGAGCCCAUCGUAGCCAACUGUCUUCCUGUCGACAUGUUUUUGUGUAGAAGCAGCUCGGGAAACUCUUCAGGGAGUCUUUGGUCUGGCUAGCCGAGCUGAGCCAUGAGCUGCUUCCUGUUCAACAGGGCAGGGGAGACCCAGCAGACGGUGGCGGCAGCCCCUCCAGCCCUCUGCUUGGCAGGAAUUUCUAGCUGCCUCACCUGGUCUUCCUCCCGGUACACCCAGCCUCGCAAGUGCGGUCCAGGCCCUUCUCUCCAGACUCAUUCCAACUCGGAGUAUGAAAUUCUAGAACAGAGGGGAGAAGAGUAUUUGCAGAAGUUGGGGGAAAGCUUUUAAAAGACCCCCUCCCUGGGUCAAAAGAGCGUGCCAAUCUAUUUUUGUAUCAGCUGUUAGAAGAGCACUGUCCCCUAGAGAGUGUGGAUGAGUGAGUGUGAGAACGUGUGUGUCUGAGAGAGAUUGCGUCAGCCCUCGGCCCCCAGAGCCUGUCCCACCAGCCAUAGAGCAGACCUCGGCCUGGAGUCAUGAGCCAGGCUGACCUUGGGUAGUUAUUUCUAGAUAAUCUCUGGAUAAUACUCACUCUCUCAGUACCAGAUUGUCUGACAGCCUUGCCCUUAGAAAAUGACGUCGUUUCUGUUACUGCUUCUACCACCAACGGGACAGAGAAGACAAGUCCUCGGGGAUGGAUGAGUUGGUGGCAAAGCAUGGCGUGUGGCGCUCUGUGCCCUUCUGCCAUCACACCGCAUGCACAGAUUUCACCCUCGCACUUUUCCCACCGUGGAGACGGCCGGGGCUGCGCUCCGUGGUGUGGGUUCCUGUGCUCUAUGUUAGAGUGCGUGAUGAGCACAUUUAUUGUGCUAUAUAUGUAUAUAUGAAAGAUGUUUUAUAAAAAUCCAGAAUAGGGGUAAGACGCGUGAUUGGCGUUUCGGGGCUUUUGACGGCUGGGACAGGCUGUGUCUUGAGCUGAGGUUGAGUCGAGUGAUGAGGCAGUGACUCUUGUCAUCACCAUAUACCCAGGGCUGUCGGUGCAGAAUUUUAAUUGUGACUUGUACUGACUCACUGGGAUGACCUGUACUGAGGCAUGUCACCUCACAGCCACAAGAGAGAGGUGCCCACCAGGGUUUGCCUGACUGAAGAAAGCCUGUGGCCGUGUAAAAAGAGAAUUAAAAUAUUUUAUUGUUUCUCUGUA